UCACUCGCUUUUUCUCUUGAAUGUGGUGAAGUCAUUUAAGACAAACGUGUUUGUUCUUUUUAAGCCGGCACUCCCUGAGAGCAGACUCUGUACUCUGUUGUAAAGGAGACGAGAGGAACUAUUUUACACCAGCUCACAGAAACACAGGCCCAAAGCCACUUGCACGCAUCUGAACAACUAAAGCUGCUCCCAACUAAACACUGAACAGUCAUGGCAAACAAAGGUCCCUCCUACGGUCUGAGCCGUGAGGUGCAGAGUAAGAUCGAUAAGAAGUAUGACCAGGAUCUGGAGGAGAGGCUGACCGAGUGGAUCAUCGCCCAGUGUGGAGCUGGAGUGGGCCAACCUGAGGCAGGCAAGACUGGUUGGCAGAACUGGCUCAAGGACGGAUGUGUGCUGUGUGAGCUGAUAAACAGCCUGUCCAGUGGGAACAAGCCCAUCAGGAAGAUCCAGAGCUCAGGCAUGGCCUUCAAACAGAUGGAGCAGAUCUCCCAGUUCCUCAACGCGGCUGAGAAGUACGGCAUCACCAAGACCGACAUGUUCCAGACAGUCGACCUCUGGGAGGGGAAAGACCUGGCUGCUGUCCAGAGGACCCUGAUGGCCCUGGGAAACCUGGCUGUCACCAGGGACGAUGGGACUUACCGUGGCGACCCCAACUGGUUCCAUAAGAAAUCGAUGGAGAACAGACGUGAUUUCUCAGAGGACCAGCUGAAUGAAGGCAAGAGCGUCAUCGGCCUGCAGAUGGGCACCAAUAAGGGGGCGUCUCAGGCUGGCAUGACAGGGUAUGGGCGACCCAGGCAGAUCCUAAACAACAACCCCUAAAACUAUGACAAUGCCCUGUCACCCCACACCUCAGUACAUUCCUCCCUCUCUGGGCCAGUCACUGAAGACAGAAGCUCUCUAACUCAAACAGGAGAGACUAAAAAAAAAAAAAAAAAAAAUGUAAGACCAAACUGGAC